AGAGAGCAAGUUUAAGUGUAUAGAUAUAAUAGAUGUGUGUAUAUUGAUUUGUCUUAUUGACCUUCCGAAACCGUCCGUGUUCUUGUCUCUCUCCUUUGCCACUUUGCCACCAUGACUAACUUCUAUUAUGGGAAACCAAAAAGCUUCAAUUUUUCCAGAAAAAAAGUAGAUCUAUUUGUCUUCUUUGCUUAAAAUCUCUCUGAUUCAUGCAUAAAGCUUGCAUCUUUGGAGUCUUUUACAUGUUUGUAGUCGUAGUUUUGAUCUAAGGAGCUCUGCUUAGCGAAGAUCAAACAUGGUGGGUACUAAUCACUUUCCAUUUUCGAAGCCAAGGGAGACGCCUUGGACUUUGAGGUCACGUAGCAGGAGCAUUACUCAAGAAGAACUUGCCAAGCGUCCCGACCCAUUCAGUCUACCGAAUCUUCUUGAUGGGCUUGAAGAUGGUAUAUACGGAUGUCUUGCUGAUGAUGUUAAGAGACUUUGUAAGCUGAGACAGGAAUAUUUGAAUGGUUCUAUCUCAUUGGAAGAUGUCGAAGCUAGAGAAGAGAACAAACCGGUCAAGUUGCCUCAAGAAUCAGUUACUCCUCUAGAAAAAAGGCUGAAGAAGCUCAAGGAAGUGAUUGUUGUGAAGAGUGGAGAAAGCUCAGGAUCUGACAUGAGUCCACAAGGUUAUGACGAGGAGGAUUCAUCGAGGGAUUCAACUGAUAUUGACAAUCAAAGUCCUGUAUAUGUAGAUGCAGAUGAAGAAGAAGACCUUUGGAGGCAGAUGGCUUUUGCUCAAGAAUCAAUUAAGGUAACGGUGGAAGAUUCACAAAGUAAUGAUCACAAACAAGUCGAAGACUGUGACCAUUCCUUCAUCUGCAAGGACGAUAUUGGAGAAGUGUGUCGUGUUUGUGGACUCAUCAAGAAACCAAUUGAGAGCAUGAUUGAGGUUGUGUUCAACAAGCCAAAGAGAUCCAGAAGAACUUAUAUGCGUGAAAAAGAAAUUGGGGAAACAAGCAGGGCCUUCUCAGGAAUCCAGUCUUCUCAGACAAACAUUUUGGGAGAAAAAAUGUUCAUUCACCCAUGGCAUGAUCAGGAGAUGAGGCCUCACCAGACUGAAGGAUUCAGAUUUUUAUGCAACAACCUUGCAGCUGAUGAGCCAGGUGGAUGCAUAUUAGCUCAUGCACCUGGAUCAGGCAAGACAUUUCUGCUCAUCAGCUUUCUGCAGAGCUUCAUGGCUAUGGAUCCGCAGGCUAGACCAUUGAUUGUGCUACCAAAGGGGAUCAUAGAGUCAUGGAAGAGAGAGUUUACUUUGUGGGAAGUAGAGAAGAUUCCCCUGCUUGAUUUCUACAGCGUGAAAGCAGAAUCAAGGAAGCAGCAACUGAAGGUUUUGGGGCAAUGGCUCAAGGAGAGAAGCAUUCUGUUUCUUGGGUACCAACAGUUUACGAGGAUCAUCUGCGAUGAUAAGAAUUUUGAGGCAGCUUCAGAAGAUUGUAAGCUGAUAUUGCUUGAGAAGCCAACGUUGCUUAUACUUGAUGAGGGUCAUACGUCAAGGAAUAAGGAGACCAACAUGCUUAUUUCGCUUGCUCGUGUCAAAACUCCUCGGAAGGUGGUUCUCACAGGUACCUUGUUCCAAAACAACGUUGAGGAAGUGUUUAACAUUUUGAAUCUUGUUCGUCCCAAGUUCUUGAAGCGUCCUGGAACUCGGGAGAUUGUUUCUCGUAUCAUGAGCAAGGCAGAGAUACCGAGAGGCAAACAGGUGAACCAGAGUAGUAUCGAGGGGACUUUCUUCGCUGCAGUAGAGCUUACAUUACAGAGAAGUACAGAAUUUUCUGCCAAAGCCAGCUUGAUAAAGGAUCUACGCGAAAUGACCCGUAAUAUCUUGCAUUAUCACAAAGCAGAUUUCAGCGGCUUGCUUCCGGGUCUUAGUGAGUUCACUGUCAUGCUCAACCUGAGCUCAAUCCAGAGAGAUGAAGUCAAGGGUCUGAGGAAAAUGGAACUGUUCAAGCAGAUCUCUCUUGGUGCUGCUUUGUAUAUACACCCAAAGCUCAAAUCUUUCUUGGAGGAAAACCCGUCCAACGGGGAAAAAGGUUUUGCUGAUAACAAUACAACAGUUAUGAAGCUGGACAAGAUGCUGAAUAAGAUCAAUGUCAGAGAUGGUGUGAAGAUGAAAUUCUUCCUCAACCUCUUAGCUCUGUGUGAAUCAACAGGAGAGAAGCUUUUGGUGUUCAGCCAAUACAUUGUUCCAAUAAAGACUCUUGAGAGACUCAUGAGCUCAAUGAAAGGUUGGUGUUUAGGGAAAGAGAUGUUCACAAUCACUGGUGAUUCAAGCAAUGAACAGAGAGAAUGGUCAAUGGAGCGAUUCAAUAAUUCACCAGAGGCUAAAGUGUUUUUCGGAUCGAUCAAAGCUUGUGGGGAAGGAAUAUCAUUGGUGGGUGCAUCACGGGUUCUGAUUCUUGAUGUUCAUCUGAACCCAUCAGUGACUCAGCAAGCCGUGGCUCGAGCUUAUAGACCAGGACAGAAGAGGAAAGUGUAUGCGUACAAGCUCGUAGCUGCGGAUUCACCAGAGGAAGAGAACUACGAAACGUGUACACGUAAAGAGAUGAUGUCGAAGAUGUGGUUCGAGUGGAAUGUUGGAUCAGGAAGAGGUGAUUUUGGGCUAAGAGCCAUUGAUGUUGAUCACUCCAGUGAUGCGUUUCUUGAAACGACCAAGAUGAAGGAAGAUAUCAAGUGUUUAUACACAAGAGUGCUUAAGGUUUUAUCAAUGGGGAAAAACAAGAAAGAGAGGAAAGAUGGAGAAGAAAAAUCUCCACAGUCUGCCACCAUUGUUUGCGUCUCUGGCUUGCCUUAUUCCAUCACCAACGCUCAGCUUGAAGAAGCCUUUAGUGAAGUUGGUCCCGUCAGGCGUUGCUUUCUGAUCACAAAUAAAGGUUCUAAUGAACACCGUGGCUUUGCGUUUGUUACAUUUGCUUUACCAGAAGAUGUUAACCGUGCCAUUGAGUUGAAGAACGGUUCUACUAUUGGGGGCCGUAGGAUUACUGUUAAACAAGCCACAAAUCGACCUUCUCUUCAAGAGCGUCGAACUAAAGCAGCUCAAGGAAUCUCUUUACCUGAUGAUUCCCAGGCACAGAGUGACAAGGACACUUUGAUCCCCGAGACAGACGAGAAAGUUCCUCCACCUGAAACAAAAGUAGAGAAGCCAAUUGACCGCAAGAAAGUAGAGAAGCCAAUUGAGAGCAAAAAAGUAGAGAAGCCAAUUGAGCGAAAAAAAGUAGAGAAGCCAAUUGAGAGCAAAAAAGUAGAGAAGCCAAUUGAGCGCAAACAAGUAGAGAAGCCAAUUGAGAGCAAAAAAGUAGAGAAGCCAAUUGAGCGCAAAAGACCAACAAAGCUUCAUGUUGAUUUACCUGAUAAAGAAACAUGUUCAGAUAAGCAAAGAGUUGCCAGAACUGUAAUAUUUGGUGGGCUUGCUAAUGCUGAGAUGGCAGAGGUAGUCCAUAGUCGAGUCAAGGAGAUUGGAACUGUGUGCUCUGUCAGAUAUCCCCUACCCAAAGAAGAGCUCCAACAAAAUGGUCUUACCCAAGAUGGAUGCAGGGCAGAAGCAUCAGCUGUUCUUUUUACGAGUGUCAAAUCUGCUUGUGCCGUUGUUGCAAAAUUACAUCAAACAGAGAUAAAGGGAAAUCUCAUUUGGGCUCGUCAGCUUGGUGGGGAGGGUUCAAAGGCUCAGAAGUGGAAACUAAUUAUACGAAAUCUUCCUUUCCAGGCUAAACCUAGUGACAUUAAACAGGUCUUUUCAGCAGUAGGGUUUGUCUGGGAUGUUUUUAUUCCUAAAAAUUUUGAAACUGGGCUACCUAAGGGUUUUGCAUUUGUCAAAUUCACGUGUAAGAAAGAUGCAGAAAAUGCAAUUCAAAAGUUCAAUGGGCACAUGUUUGGUAAAAGGCCUAUAGCUGUAGAUUGGGCUGUACCUAAGAAUCUUUACAAUGGUGCUGCUGAUGCCACUACUGCUUCAGCAGAUGGUGACCAAAAAGGAAGUGACGGGGACAGUGAUAACAGUAGUGUUGAUUUGGAGGAGGUUGAUGAUGCUGUAGAAAGUCACCCACCUUCAGGAGAUGAUACUGAUGAUGAGGAGGAGGAUGGCAGUAACAAACUGAGUGAAUCAGAUGCACAGGAGAAAGAUGUUGGGACCGAUAUGAAUUUUGAAGAGGAAGCAGAUGUUGCGAGAAAGGUUCUUAAGAACUUGCUUGCGUCUUCAAAAGGUUCUAUUGCUUCUCCUGAUGGAGAGACAGAGGAGUCGGAUAAAAGCAAACUUAAAAAUUCAUCAACUAAGCCAGUUGCUGACUCUUCUGGUGUCUCUGAACCUUCGAAAUCCGGUAAAACUAAAGAGGUGGCUCCUAAAGAAACGCAGGAAAAUGAGGAUUUUGAGAGAACUUUAUUUAUAAGAAACAUCCCAUUUGAUGUUACUAAGGAAGAACUCAAACAGAGGUUUGCUGUAUUUGGGGAAGUUGAAUCUUUAUUCCUGGUUCUCCACAAGGUCACAAAACGGCCAGAAGGGACUGCUUUUCUCAAGUUCAAAAAAGCAGAUGCAUCAGUUGCAGCCAUAUCAGCUGCCAAUACUGCCUCAGGUGUCGGUGUCCUUCUUAGAGGCAGGCAACUGAACGUUAUGAGAGCUGUGGGUAAGAAAGCUGCACAUGACAUAGAACUCAAAAAGACAGAGGAGAAGAAUGUUGACCAUCGGAAUCUUUAUCUUGCUAAGGAAGGUCAGAUCCUUGAUGAUUCACCUGCUGCUGAGGGUGUGUCUGCGGAAGAUAUGGACAGGCGACGAAGAUUGCAUGAAAACAAGAUGAAAAAGCUUCAGUCUCCUAACUUCCAUGUAUCUCGAACAAGGCUUGUGAUCUAUAAUUUGCCCAAAUCCAUGAAUCAAAAGCAACUACACAAGCUCUUAGUUGAUGCUGUUACCUCACGAGCUACAAAGCAGAAGCCGCGUAUUCAACAGAUCAAGUUCUUACAAAAUGAGAAGAAGGGUAAAGUUGAUACUAAGAACUACUCCCGUGGAGUUGCCUUUGUCGAGUUCACGGAGCAUGAACAUGCUCUAGUGGCCCUGAGAGUACUUAACAACAAUCCUGAAACAUUUGGUCCCCAGCACCGCCCUGUUAUAGAAUUUGCUGUUGAUAAUGUCCAGAAGCUGAAGAUACGAGAAGCUAAGCAGCAGCAGUUCCAGCAACGCGAUAAACACAAUGAAUCUGAGCAGCAGCAGCAGUCGAAUGGCGAAGCACAGGCACCUGACAAUAAAUACAAACGAAAAACGAGGGAAGAGGAUAACACUGGUCCAAGGAAAGAGAAUGCAGCCAGGUUUAAGAAGGGACCUGUGCACCCACGUGUAGAGAGUAAAGAAGAAGCAAAAUCCAAUAUAGCAGUAAAGGAUGAUGCAGCAGAGAAGAAGAGACCUAUACGCACACAGGAAAAACCGUCUUCAAACAAGAAAGGCCAAUUGAUGAGACAGAAAGAGCCAACUGAGAAACCAAAUCCAAAGAUUUCCAAAGAUUUGAGCGAACCAAGAAAAAGGAAGUUUGGGGAGGAUAGAGGUGAAGAGAAUAUAAAUGGACAGAGGAAGAGGAAGAAGAAGCAAGGUCAAGGUCAAGGUGGUGCAGAGGUUGUGGACAAACUUGAUAUGUUGAUUGAGAAAUACAGAUCUAAGUUCUCGCAGAGCUCGGCCAAAACCGGCCCCCAAAAACAGAGUUCCGGUCAAGUCAGGAGGCAAGUAGUUGAGGAAGCGGAGCCGAAAGUUUUGUCAUUGGAGGAUCACUUUACUCUCUUCAAGAAGAAAUUCGGGAAAGUUUACGAUUCUAUUGAAGAGCAUUAUUACAGAUUCUCUGUUUUCAAAGCUAAUCUCCGGCGAGCGAUGCGUCACCAGAAGAUGGAUCCAUCUGCUCGUCAUGGCGUUACGCAGUUUUCGGAUCUGACUCGUUCUGAGUUUCGGAGAAAGCAUUUAGGGGUUAAAGGUGGGUUUAAGCUUCCUAAAGACGCUAAUCAAGCUCCGAUUCUCCCAACUCACAAUCUUCCAGAGGAGUUUGAUUGGAGAGAUCGCGGCGCGGUUACUCCCGUGAAAAACCAGGGAUCUUGUGGAUCUUGCUGGAGUUUUAGCACUACAGGUGCUCUUGAAGGUGCUCACUUUCUCGCGACUGGCAAACUCGUUAGUCUCAGUGAACAACAGCUCGUGGAUUGUGAUCAUGAGUGUGAUCCAGAAGAGGCAGGUUCAUGUGACUCUGGUUGCAACGGUGGGCUUAUGAACAGUGCCUUUGAGUACACGCUUAAAACCGGAGGGCUUAUGCGAGAGAAAGAUUAUCCUUACACCGGUACUGAUGGAGGGAGCUGCAAGUUAGACAGGUCUAAGAUCGUUGCCUCUGUCUCCAACUUUAGUGUUGUGUCUAUCAACGAAGAUCAAAUAGCUGCAAACCUUGUCAAAAAUGGUCCUCUAGCUGUGGCCAUCAACGCAGCUUAUAUGCAAACCUACAUUGGAGGAGUCUCGUGUCCUUACAUUUGCUCUAGGCGGCUUAACCACGGUGUGUUGUUGGUGGGUUAUGGCUCGGCUGGGUUUGCUCAAGCAAGGUUAAAGGAAAAACCGUAUUGGAUCAUCAAGAACUCUUGGGGUGAGUCUUGGGGUGAGAAUGGUUUCUAUAAGAUAUGUAGAGGUCGUAACAUUUGCGGUGUUGAUAGUUUGGUCUCAACCGUCGCUGCUGCCACUUCUUGAGCUUUACAUUAUUAGGCUCUCUGUUGCAAUGCUAUUUAAAAUCUGUAAAUAACUUAAGAAAAACACAUUUCUUGG